AUGCUGCUCAAACCCGCCACCCCCCUCACCAUCCUCCUCCUCAUUGCCUUCGCUCUGCUCCUUAUUUCGGUCAUCUCCACCCCUAUCAUCAAGGGUAUUCCGCUCGCAACUUAUGAAAAUGUCGAUUAUGGUGUCUUUGGUUACUGCAAGGGUGAUGUAUGCACCAAUAUCCAUGUCGGUUACGCCAACGAUGAUAUGACAUCAGAAGGCAACGAAUUCAAUCUUCCUCCGAGUACGCGAAGAUCCCUUUCGGCCAUUCUCAUCGUCCAUCCCGUCGCGGCGUUUCUCACACUCAUCUGCCUCUGCUUGGCGGCAGCGGCUCAUUUCCAUGCCCCGUCACACUCGCCCCGCUAUUUGCUGGCGUUGUUGAUCCUACUGCUCCCGACUUUGCUCGUAUCGCUGCUGGCGUUCCUGGUGGAUAUCCUGUUGUUUGUGCCGCACAUGGCAUGGGCCGGAUGGAUUGUGCUGGUCGCGACCAUCAUCCUAGUCACUUGCGGUGUUGUCACUUGUGCGAUGCGCCGGACUCUUGUCAGUCGCAAGGCAAGGAAGAAGCGCAUCGCAGAAAAUGCCGAGAUGAGCGGGGAGAAUUUCUACAACCGCCAGAACGCAGCGGCAGCGGCAGCAGGGCUGAACAACACCGCACCGAUGCACGGGGAUACCAAGGAACCCGUAGUCACUGGAUUCUCCCCUGCCUCCGAUACCGGACCCACGUUUGCUACAUUCCGUACGCCUACGCAUGACAGCGAUGAUGAUCGCACUCCUCUGAACUCCCGGAACCCUCCUAGCGAUCACCCAUUACCAGACAACCAGUAUACUCGCGCGCACGGCGAUGUAGUGGCUUACAAUGCUCCACCAGAGGAUACAGACAUAUCUCCAGUUGCUCCCACCCCUGGUCCGAGAAUGCGCAACCAAUAUUCCGACGGCAGUAUGGGCUCACGGAGAGGACCGCCGCCACCAGGUGGUGCCCCGCGGGGACGAGGCUACCCACCACGAGGGGGAUAUGGGCGUGGAGCGCCUUACGGAGGGCCUGGAUCUCGGGGACCCCCUCCGGGUAUGAAUGGAGGCCCAGGCCCAAUGGGUCCCAUGCGCGGUGGCCAUCCCGGCGCGAUGGGUCGCGGCGGUUACCGAGGACCCCUUCCUGGCGGCUAUGUUCCUGGACCGCGACCAACCCCGCCGCCGGAAGAUGAGUACGAAUUUCGCCGUGCCUCGCCCGUAGACAUUGCUCGACAGCCAUCUCCCGGGCCAAUUGGAAUGGCCAUGUCUCCAGACAACGGGUCGCCGAUUGGACAGGCCAUUGAAAUGCAGCCACAGCCGCGACGGGUGGGCUCUGCCGAUCCAGAGGCGCAUGAUGUGAUUCUCGAGCCCCUGCCCCAUGCCGUAUCUGCAGAUGGCUAUCCCGAGCCUAUCAGUCCUACGAGUCUCUACAGCCGGACGUCCUAUGUUCCGGCGCGCGCCGGAUGGGCUCCCGAUGCACCUCCUGUCGGUCACACACCUUCCCCCGUGCAUGCGUAUGGGGCACCUCCCGUCGGUCAUACACCCUCCCCCGUGCAUGCGUAUGGGGCACCUCCCGUCGGUCAUACACCCUCCCCCGUGCAUGCGUAUGGGGCACCUCCCGUCGGUCAUACACCCUCCCCCGUACAUGCAUAUGGAGGGGCGGCACGGCGACAUGUGCGGACCCCCUCGACGGAUUACUUCGAAGAUGCAGACCCUCGGUUUGCAAUUCCAAAUGAGUCAUCGGCGGGCAACCCGCGGUUGCCGGCCGUUUUGACACCUGGUACUGGUGAGAAGAAACCGGUGGAGGUUCCGGUCCAAGUGCCUAGCUCACCGACUACUAGCGAAGUAAGCCACUUCACAUCGAUCUCGGAGCGGCCCAUCAACCCUCGCUGGCGCCCGCCUCCCAUGCCAAACCAGCGGAAGCAGGACGUUCUGUUGGAGAACAACCCGGACUUUGACCUGCGCGCUGGCACGCGGGGAGGGGCUGCCGGCGUGGGCAGUCGGAUGCCACCAAUGUCGAUACCCCGAGAUACGGCAAGAUACCCGAUAUGA